GCAGCCCCUCCACUUCAUGGUUUAACCCAAAAGAGGAAACCCACAAUAAACUCACACUCUUAAAAAACUCAAGUUUUCAGCCUUUUCCUCGUCUCCAUGGAAACACAAAUAGACAGCUUUUGGGUAUUGGCUCUAGUUUCCAAAUGCAAAGCCUUUUCUUCUCUAGACCCCAUCUUCCUUCUUCUUUCUCUUUUCUUGGCUUGGCUAGCCAUUGCUUUGUGCUACUGGGUUUACCCUGGAGGCCCUGCCUGGGGCAAAUAUUGGCUCAAAAGAGCAACCUGCUCGAAAGCCAAGAUGAUUCCAGGACCUAGAGGGUUUCCAGUGAUAGGAAGCAUGAACCUCAUGGUAAACUUGGCUCACCACAAGCUUGCUGCUGCAGCCAAGACUCUUAAAGCAAAAAGACUCAUGGCUUUUAGCAUGGGAGAGACUAGGGUUAUUAUCACAUGCAAUCCUGAUGUAGCCAAAGACAUCUUGAACAGUUCAGUAUUUGCUGAUCGUCCAGUUAAAGAGUCUGCCUAUCAGCUCAUGUUUAAUAGAGCUAUUGGUUUUGCUCCCUAUGGUGUUUAUUGGAGAACUCUAAGGAGAAUUGCAGCAACCCAUCUUCUUUGUCCUAAACAAAUCAGCUCUACAGAGCCACAGAGACUCGAUAUUGCUUCUCAAAUGGUAUCAGUAAUGGCAUGUCAAGGUGGAGAUUACUUUCGUGUUCGAGACAUACUGAGGAAAGCUUCACUGAACAACAUGAUGUGCUCAGUUUUUGGUCGUAAAUAUGAUCUAGGCACAUCAAAUAAUGAAAUCGAGGAACUUGGAGGACUUGUUGAUGAAGGUUAUGAUCUUCUAGGGAAGCUUAACUGGUCUGAUCAUCUACCUUGGCUUGCAAAUUUCGACCUUCAAAAAAUCAGGUUCAGGUGCUCCAAUUUGGUUCCUAAAGUGAACCGGUUUGUGAACCGGGUUAUUCAAGAACAUAGAGAGGGCCAAAGUGGCCAAAGAAGAAAUGACUUUGUUGAUGUUCUGCUCUCUCUUCAUGGACCGGACAAGUUAUCAGACCAUGACAUGGUUGCUGUUCUUUGGGAGAUGAUUUUUAGAGGAACAGAUACGGUGGCAGUUCUGAUAGAGUGGAUACUAGCGAGGAUGAUACUUCACCCUGAUAUCCAAUCAAAGGUGCAUGAUGAGCUUGAUCAAGUUGCGGGAAGAUCAAGGCCGUUGAUGGAAGCAGACAUACGAUCAAUGGUUUACCUGCCGGCGGUUGUGAAAGAGGUUCUAAGGUUACACCCACCGGGGCCACUCUUGUCAUGGGCGCGUUUAGCAAUCACGGACACUGAUGUUGAUGGAUAUGAUGUGCCAGCGGGGACCACAGCUAUGGUUAAUAUGUGGGCCAUAACAAGGGACCCGCAAGUUUGGGUGGACCCACUAAAGUUCUCGCCCGAGAGAUUUUUUAGCAAGGAAGUCACUGCUGACGUGGAGUUCUCUGUGUCAGGGUCUGACCUCAGGCUGGCUCCAUUCGGGUCGGGUCGUAGGACUUGCCCGGGAAGGACACUGGGUUUGGCCACCGUUAGCUUCUGGGUUGGGAGUUUGUUGCAUGAGUUUGAGUGGGUGCGGUGUGGCCAUGAGCCGGUGGACCUCUCUGAAGUGUUGAGGUUGUCUUGUGAAAUGGCCAAACCACUCACAGUCAAGGUGAAUCCAAGGAGAAGAUGAUCAUCGAGCAUCGUCGUCCGAUUCGCUUGGAAAUGGAUGCAGAAAGGCUUACGACAACGAAGAAAUGUUAUGAUGUGAUGCGCGUUCACUAAGUUAUAGAUAAACCCUUCAUAGCCUAUAUGUGUAGGUACGUAAUUAUGGUUCGGGUAUUUGCUUGUUAGGAUUGAUGUGUGCUUUCGGUGGAUGAUGAAGAAAUAAUAUCUAUCCAGCCUUUUACUUUGCUAGGCAAA